AUGAAAAUUUUCGACGGAACUGCUCACAUCAAGGUUGUAGAAGCUCGUGACCUGCGGCCCACUGAAUGGUCAAAAAGAUUCACAAUCAGCGCAACAGAAACAGCAUUGCUUGAUGCAUAUGUAAAUGUUGGUUGUGAUGAGUACCACAUUGGACGAACACAAACACGUCCUAAAACUUGUACUCCUAUAUGGAAAGAAGAUUAUGAGACAGAAGUUCAUAACGGUCGUGAGCUGGAAUUCACAGUAUUUCACGACUGUGCUUUGCCUCCUGAUGAUUUUGUAGCGAAUUGUCAUGUACAAUUUGAAGAUUUCCAAAUUGGCAUAAGCAACGAUGUUUGGGUUGAUUUGGAACCACAUGGACAGUUACAUCUCCUGAUCGAACUUCAUGGUUCAUCUAGUGAAGAAGUACCUCAAAAUGAUGCAAGUAAAAAGCAACGAGUAUUUCGAGAGCGUACUAAUGCGUUUAACGACAGACAACGACGUGGUGCCAUGCGUCGAAAAAUUCAUGAGGUCACGGGACAUAAAUUUAUGGCGUUAUUUUUGCGUCAGCCAACAUUUUGCGCCCACUGCAAAGACUUUAUUUGGGGACUUGGAAAACAAGGCUAUCAAUGUCAAAUAUGCACAGUAGUCGUACACAAACGCUGUCAUGAACAGGUGUUGUGGAAGUGUCCUGGAAGUCGAAUUAACGCAACUGAUGAAUUCCAGACUGAAGCAGCUGAGCAAGGCCUUGGUCGUUUCAAUAUCAAUAUGCCUCAUCGUUUCACAGUUCACAGUUACAAACGUCCAACAUUUUGUGACCACUGUGGUUCCAUGCUAUAUGGUCUGAUCAACCAAGGCUUACAGUGCUCUGUCUGUAAGCUUAAUGUGCAUAAACGAUGUCAACGUAAUGUUGCUAAUAACUGUGGUAUUAAUGCAAAGCAAAUGGCAUUAGAACUUGCUCAACUUGGCUUAACCGGUGAUAAAAUGUCCAUAAGAUUUAAAAAAAAACCGUCGAUAAUGUCUUGCGGUGCCUAUGAAUCAAAUAUAUUAGCUCCAAAAGCAAGCAUUUCCGCCACUGCUUCAGUACCUCACUUAUUGCUGAAACCUAAUGAGAAUGAGAAAUUAGCAGUAGCAGCAGCAAAGAAUGACCAUCAGCUUGGAAAUAAAAGAAGUGCUGAAAAUAUUUCUUGUGUUUCGCUACCUGAAAAACUAGCUGCUGUGACGAUCAGCGACUUUACUUUUAUCAAAGUUCUUGGCAAGGGAUCAUUUGGCAAAUUAAUGACGAAAAAUGUAAUGAAACGUUUGGGCUGCGUACAAUCGCAAGGAGGUGAAGAUGCAAUUCGCGCACAUCCCUUUUUCCGCGAUAUUGACUGGGAGGCCUUGGAGGCUCGAAGGGUCAAACCACCAUUCAAGCCUAAAAUUAAAUCAAAGCGUGAUGCAAAUAACUUUGAUACCGAUUUUACAAAAGAAGAACCAGUGCUUACACCGACAGAACCAGCUAUAUUAAGAACGAUUAACCAAGACGAAUUUCAGAAUUUUUCAUUCGUAAAUCCCGAUUUUACUCUCGAUCACUAA